ACCAUACAAAGACGACCCCCUCUCGAGGAAAAAGACCUACAUAUAUACCUCCCCCAAACCAUCGUCAACUUCCAUUGAAGCAUCUCCUCAUCUUAUACUGACAAUUCCCCAAUCCCACGAUACAACAGAUCGACGUAGGACGCAGCUCAUCUCUCACAUACAGCCACACUAUACCCAUUGCAUAUAGAGAAUACGACCUAUCAUAUACAGUAUGCCUCUCUUCACACAGCUCAAGACGCCAAUCACCGGCGAAUAUAGCCAGCCAACCGGAUUGUUUAUCAACAACGAGUGGGUCGAAGGCGUUGACAAGAAGACUUUCGACGUUAUCAACCCCGCCACAGAGGAAAUCAUUACCCAAGUUAGCGAAGCCACUGAGAAGGAUGUCGACAUUGCAGUUGCCGCCGCCCGAAAAGCAUUCAACGGCCCGUGGCGAACAACUAUUACUCCUCUGCAGCGAGGUGUCUACUUGACCAAGCUCGCCGAUCUCCUAGAGAAGAACACGGAUCUAUUAGCUGCUGUAGAGUCUCUCGAUAAUGGAAAGUCUAUCACGAUGGCCAGGGGUGACGUCGGUGCCGUCGCAAACUGCAUCAGAUACUAUGGUGGCUGGGCAGACAAGAUCGAGGGUAAAACUAUUGAUAUUAACCCCGACUCUUUUCACUACACCAAACACCAGCCCGUCGGUGUCUGCGGUCAGAUUAUCCCGUGGAACUUCCCCUUAUUGAUGUUGGCUUGGAAGGUCGGACCGGCUCUUGCCACAGGCAACACCAUUGUCCUCAAGUCUGCUGAGCAGACACCUCUUUCUGCUCUCAUCUUCGCUAGCCUCGUCAAGGAGGCUGGAUUCCCUCCUGGAGUUCUUAACAUCAUUUCUGGCUUCGGUAGGGUGGCUGGUGCUGCCAUGUCUGCUCACAUGGACAUCGACAAGAUUGCUUUCACCGGUUCUACCGCCGUUGGCCGCACUAUCAUGAAGGCUGCGGCAGCAUCUAACCUAAAGAAGGUCACCCUCGAACUCGGUGGCAAGUCGCCUAACAUUGUCUUUGACGAUGCGGACAUCGAGCAAGCUAUUUCUUGGGUCAACUUCGGUAUUUACUUCAACCACGGCCAAUGCUGCUGUGCCGGUUCUCGAGUCUACGUCCAGGAAGGUAUCUACGACAAGUUCAUUGAGGCCUUCAAGAAGCGCGCGCUCGCAAACAACGUCGGUGACCCAUUCGACGAGUCAACUUUCCAGGGCCCUCAGGUCAGUCAGCUACAAUACGACCGUAUUAUGGGAUACAUUGAGGAGGGUAAGAAGGAGGGUGCCACAGUCGCCUUGGGCGGUGAGCGACAUGGAGACAAGGGCUACUUCAUCAAGCCCACAAUCUUCACCAACGUUACCUCUAAGAUGAAGAUCAUGCAAGAAGAGAUCUUCGGCCCCGUCGUUGCUGUUGCCAAAUUCAAGACGGAAGACGAGGUUAUUGCGCUCGGCAACGACAGCGCUUACGGAUUGGCUGCUGCCGUCCACACUUCCAACAUUACCACAGCUAUCCGUGUCAGCAACGAGCUACGCGCAGGUACCGUCUGGGUCAACAGCUACAACCUUCUUUCUCACGCUUUACCGUUCGGUGGAUUCGGAGAGAGUGGUAUCGGUCGCGAACUAGGAGAGGAGGCCCUUUACAACUACACCGAGACUAAGUCGGUAUCUAUCCGUUUAGCAGGCCCGAUAUUCUAAACGCGAAAGUCGAAAUAGGGAUAAGAAACUAGAGAAGCCGAGGUGUACUAUUGUACCGUCGAGGUGGAUGAAUACGGAUUACUCGCUUUGUAUGAGGACCUAUGAUAAAGGUCGGGUCAGUGAUACCAGAUACCAGAUACCAGCAUACCUGAACGAGUGAGAUCAUGGGAUUAAUAAUCCCAGUGUAUAUAUUUAAGAUUAACUAGUUAGUUUGCUAUGGCGUACUUCUACUUGGCGAAAUAAGAUAUGUAACGGUCAUUUUCGGCUA